UGGAUGACUGUGGAACCAAGGUUUGCUUCCACAGACAGUCUCCUAUCCUGUGGCCACCAAUAUAAGGGCCAGCGCCUCCCAGAAGAAUCCCAGGAGGCCGUGCAGGGAAACAAGGAUUCGUGAGCAUCCUUCUCCAAACCUGUAUCAACAAGAUGUUUCAGCUUUGGAAACUCGUUCUCUUGUGUGGCCUGCUCACUGGGACCUCAGCAUCGAUUUUGGGGGAUAUUGGCAGUGACCUGAAAGAUGUUAUUGAUAAAGGACGUGAGCUCAUUGGGGAUACAGUUGAAACUGUGGCUGGGGACCUGAAGGAAGACCUUACCAAGCUUCAGAACUCUAAGGUUGGGCAGCUGUCCGAGCAGGUGUUACAGAAAGCUGAGAAUCUGUUUAGUGAUGCUGUUUCUAAAGUCUUGUCCAUUGGGAACAACAUUUUGGGGUUGAAAAUCAGUAAUGUCAACCUCCUGGGUAUCAAACCUGGACUGACUCCUGAUGGCGAAGGACUUGGCCUGAGCCUCCCCAUCACCGCUGAUGUCGAAUUGAACCUGCCUCUCAUUGGAAAGACAGUUGACCUGAAGCUUUCCAUGGACCUCCUGGCUGGUGCCAAAAUUGAAACUGAGGAUGGCAAACCCAUAGUGGCCAUUACAAAAUGCAACAGCGACCCAGCCAGCAUCUCACUGAGCUUGUUGGACAGACACAGUAAACUGGUCAACAGACUCGUAGACGCUGUGACCACCUUCCUGAGCCAGACGUUGUCCACCACGGUGGAGAUGCAGGUAUGCCCAUUGGUCAGACUCUUUCUCAACACACUGGGUGUGAAUUUUCUUCAGGAUACCAUCAGUAAGUCAUAGCCUGGGGAAGGGAAGGCAUUCCCUACGCAGCCUUCCCAGGGUGGGCAUGCAGCUCUGUGCCCGCCCCACAGGCUGGUCUGGGCAGGGGGCCCUGGAGAAGAAGGACCUAACAUCUUGAGCAAGUUGGGAGGGUGUAGCUGGGUGGGGGGGUCCUUGCAGAAUAUAUGGGGUUCUCUGGGCCUCUGAGAGCUUCCUACUGUCAUCCCUCAGUUAACUCACAGAAGUUGCCUGGCAGAAUGAUGUGAGAAAGAAGGUGGGCCAGAUCUGAAUUCAAAUCCUGGCUCUGCUACUUAGCAACCGUAGGACCUAGGUCCAGUAGUUCUGCCUCUUUGAGCCUCAGUUGCUCCCUAGUAAAACAAGACUAUAAAAAUUGUGGGGCUGGUGAGUGGAUCAAAGGAAAAAGCAUAAAGAGCCUAAUAUCAAGUGAGCAUCGCUAAAAGACACCUUUCUUCCUCUCUUCCUUCUUAUGAGGAGCUGGGGCCUCUCCAGCCAGUGGAGGCUUCCUCUAGCCUUCAGGUCUCCAGGCAUGGCUGGGUUGCUGAGGAUGCUGGAGCAAAGGAAAUGGGUUAAGUGAAUGUGUCAGGGUUCUGGAGCCGGCCCUUCUAUAAAAAUAGCCACAGGUCCAGUUCCUUGGGCAAUCACUCUGUGCUCUGAAUGCACCAUCUCACUGGAUCCUCACAAUAGCCCUGUGGGAUAGGUACCAUUAUUGUACCCAUUUUACAGAUGGACAAACUGAGGCUCAGGGAGGUGGAGAGACAUGCCUGAGGUCUAUGGCUGACAGGCUGACCCACUGGAGAGUGGUAGCCAUUGGGGUCUGGUUUCUAGUUGGUGGAGACUGAGGCCUGCUAUUGAUUUUGUUCUUCCAGAUGGACUUAAGCAGCAAUCAUCUGCCUAAAGAGGGCACAUGAGGCGGACUGCUGUGAUGACCCCCAACUGGUUACUUUGCUGUUGUUUGGCCCUGUUUCCUCACAGCAUCUCCCUCUGGGAAGAUGCUGCCACCAUCUGACUGGAGUGGAAGCCUGAGUCCAGCCAGAAGAACCCCUCUCAGCUACUCCUUGGCUUCACAGUCAACACAGAAAUCUCUGUGCUUGUCACCCUCCACUCUCAGCAAUUAAAGCUACUUCUGCAUC